UCGGACUAGCUUCCGUCUCAUUCCCUUAAGCUCACACUUGUUGCUGUUCUCUGCCAGGAGACCACCUGUACUCCAGCCCCUGCAGUCCCUGCAGCUCUUACCAUUCGCCGUAAUGGCACGGCAGCGAUCUGGGGCUGUUGCACAUCUGCGCCUUGCGAAACCGCUCACCACUGCUUACAUACUCGGCUUGUUGUCGAGCACUAGUCCCCGUCUGGCGAGGAUCCUGUUCUUGUUUGGGAAGAGGAAGUUGACUGCUCGGGCUGCAUGGCUGCAGACUAUCCACACGCUCCGCGAGGCACUUGCCGUUCACCGUUUCCCCACAUUCUGCGCUGUCUUCGUCGGUGGAUCGACGCUCCUCCAGAUUCCGAUCAGGAUAGUGCUCGGCAUCGUUCUACCUCGGCUCACGUCUUCGUCAAGGCCUCUUGGCCUUGGAGUUGCUCGACUGUUUGCCAGAUUUAUCGCAGCUCUUAUCUCGGCGUCUGUCUCUUUCAGACUGCUCAACAACCCUCCUGCUCGCAAUGCAGCUCUGUCUGUUACAGAACGAGCCCCAGUGCUCAACAGAUUCGCGCCAGGUCCCUUCGAUGAACCGCCCGAAGAGCAGUCGGUGGACGUGACUUCUCUGUCGAGACCAGAUCUCGCUGGAAGAACCAUGGAUCUCACCCUCUUUGCGGUCAUACGAGCUUUAGACAUCUUGGUAGGUACCACCACCUCUUCACUGAACCCAUCUUCCCUCCUACGUAAAGCAACUAGCAGGUUCCCCACACCACUUUUCUGCUUCUCCGUAGCCACAAUAAUGUGGUCCUGGUUCUACAGCCCCAGCCGUCUGCCACGGAGCUACAAUGCCUGGAUCUCCGCCGCCGCCGAACUAGACCACCGUCUGGUUCUCGCUCUGCGACAUGCUCGAUACGGCACCUUCCAGUACAGCAAAGAGACGGGUAUGGCUCCCCUACUCGGCUCUAUGGCGCGCGACUAUGGGAUGCCGGAAGACGCAGGGGAUCCUGCGAAGACGAUACCAGUGCCGUGCGAACUGGUGCAUAUGGGCUGUGGGAAAAGCUGUGAGAAGCAUGCACUGUGGCGGUUCUGGCGCGGUUGGGCGUUUGCGGCGAAGAUGUACUUUCCAUUGCAGUUUUUCGUGCUGGCUAAGCAUUUGAUGGAGCCUGGGCAUCCUGGCGAUCGACUGGCUGGGUUGUCAAAACAGAGAUUGAUGGCAGCCAUCAAGGACGCUACAAGGCGUUCUUCGUUUCUUGGUGCGUUUAUCGCGUUCUUCUACUACGGUGUCUGUCUGUCGCGGACGCGCCUGGGGCCCAAACUGUUUUCACCGAAGACCAUCACACCGCAGAUGUGGGACUCUGGACUGUGUGUCUUGAGCGGGUGUUUAUUUUGCGGACUUAGCAUACUGGUGGAGGAGUCAAAGAGGCGUCUCGAGAUUGGGCUCUUUGUGUUGCCCAGAGCUGCUGCAACCUGGCUGCCUCGCCGGUAUCUGCCUGAAUACUUGUGGAGAGAACAUCUGGCGUUUGCGCUCAGCGCUGCUGUCGUGAUGACGGCGGCGCAGGAGGACCAUAGACGUGUGAGGGGAGUCUUUGGGAAGCUAUUGCACAGGGUGCUCAAGACUGACUAGGAGGCACCAUGAAGAUGUAUGGGACAGCUCAGCAAUUGUGCUGCAAGCACUUAAUUACCUCAACGUCUUGUCUGCAUUCGAGCGAUCUGCUCACUGAACUUCGAGCAUAGAAAACAGGCAACACGAAUACUACAACCAACACGACGAACAUUCGCCUA